UGCGAGCGCGCGCGGUAACGGAACUGAUAGUAUUCACUGCGUUGACGUGUGUGCGUCGUGCGUGUGUGAGUCUAGAAGUGUCCUGUGCUCUGGAACAAACAUCAAUACAGUGAUAGACUUUACUCCAGCAGACAGAUCACCUGUGCAGAGAAAAUGCUAAAACUUCAGUGAACUACUGUGACCUCGCCAUGUUCUCUGACGUCACGGAUGUAUGAUGUCACCAACGGUGUUUUACUUGCUCUCUGUUCUGCAAGCCGGUUACGCGCUCUUCCUUGGACAGUGCGACUCACCCCUGGGCAUGGAAUCUGGCGCCAUCCCUGACCGUGCCAUCUCAGCCAGUUCGGCCUACGACUCUGGGAGUGUCGGAGCCCACCAUGGCAGGUUGAGGAAUGACAAGCAUGGGGGUGCUUGGUGUCCUCGGCAUAUGGUCACACAGGAGGCAAGGGAGUUCCUGGAGAUAGACCUGCAGCAGGUGUACGCUCUCACGGCCACCAAGACUCAGGGCCGAUACGGUAACGGCCAGGGGCAAGAGUAUGCCGAGGAGUUCUUCCUGGACUAUUGGAGACCCGGCUUCAACAAGUGGAGGAGAUGGCAGAGCUUCGCUGCCAAGUCUGUCCUGCCGGGAAACACUGACACGACUACGGUGGUGGAGCAGAACCUGCAGCCCAUCCUUGUAGCCAGUAGAGUGCGGUUCGUCCCCUUCACUGCCCACAUGCGGACCGUGUGCCUUCGCGUGGAGCUGGUGGGCUGCCGGUGGUCAGAGGGAGUGGUGAGCUAUACGAUGCCCCAAGGCGCCUUGAGAGGUUCCGAGAUGGACCUCCGGGACCGCAGCUAUGACGGCCGGGAGGAGAAUGGCCAACUCACGGGAGGUUUGGGGCAGCUAGUCGACGGGUUGAAGGGAUACGACUCCUUCCGGAUGGAUCUGGAGGCCUCUCCAAAAGGCUUUGGGUGGGUGGGCUGGAGAAAUGAUACAUCUGGACAUCUUGGGCAGCCUGUGGAGAUCAUUUUUGAGUUUGACCACGUUCGUAACUUUUCUGCCAUGUACCUCUACACUAACAAUCUAUAUUCAAAAGAUAUACAGGUGUUCUCCCACGCCAAGGUCUACUUCAGUGUGGGUGGCCGCCACUUCACCGGUGAGCCAGUCCACUUCUCCUACAUGCCAGACCUGGUCAUGGAACACGCUAGGAACGUCACGGUCAAGCUGCACCAGAGGCUCGGGCGCUUCAUCAAGCUCCAACUCUACUUCGCCGCUCGCUGGAUCCUGCUCAGCGAGGUCACCUUCGAGUCCGUAGUGGUGCCGGGUAACCUGACUGUGGAGGAAGCAGACAUUGUCAACGUGGUGGAGCCGGUCAGAGAGGAUCCUCCACAACGUGACGAGGUCCACACCACACCCACACGCGACCAGCAGCACAAAGUUGUGGCUCCAGUUCUUCCACCUCCCAAACCGGAACCGGAAUCUCGGCAAGUUCUGGGUCUUGUUAUCGGCAUGCUAUUGGCUGUCAUCGUCCUGCUCACGGCCGCCAUCGCGUUCGUGGUCGUGCGUAACCGGAAGCUCAAAAGUGCAGUGGCUCACCCGGUCUUGGGUAGACCUUUCCCCACUGACAAGAGUCUCAAUCUCAACAUGAAGGAUCUCCAGAUGAGAGUAAACGUCCAUGCCAACGGACACGUGUACGGGCAGCUCUCGCUGGAUGACCCGGAGAAGGGCGCUCUCUACCACGAGCCUUUCAAGAGUGUGGAGUACAACAACCACUCUAACCCCGCGGACACCCUCAGGCCUCAGGAGUAUGGCGACCACUAUCAGAUCGGUGGUUCUGAGAGAAUGGUACCCGACUUCACGCUACCACUCAAUCCCGCACCACCUCUCUACUCACACUCCAACCCCUCCACUUCACCUCUCUACCCUCCCACUCUAGGAGCUAACUCUCCUCUCUACCCCCACUCGGCCACCACACCUAGUAGACCCCUGCCUCCUCUCCAUGACCUGUUUCCCAAACCUCCACCGAUACCGCCACCCCCAGAGAAGUACUACGCUACCACAGAUAUUUGUAACAAAGUGCCACCAGUGCCUAGCCCUCCGCCACCUCCAAGUGUCCCCCACUCAGUUAGUAGCCACUCCUCCACUUCCACCUACAGCCAGCAUCCUCCGUGCCGCAGACUUCCUGUGGCGCCCUUGCCCUCCAGUCACCUGGUCAUUCGGCAAUCGCUAGGGUUGGGCCGCUUCGGAGAGGUUCAUCUGGCCGAGAUAGCAGACAUGCCCGCUGGCAGGCGAGACAGCUGUGAGUGUACAUCUGUAGCCGUCAGGAGUCUUAGACCAGGAGCUUCUGAAACCACCAGGAGGGAGUUUAUAGAAGAAGUGGAGACACUGUGGAGGCUGCGAGACCCUCACCUGACGCAGGUGGUGGGAGCAGAGCUGACUCAAGAGCCUCUCUAUGUAGUCGUGGAGUAUCCUCCACUUGGAGACCUCAACCAGUUCCUACAGGACCACGUGGCUGACACUACGGCGCAUUUGCCACCCUCCGCCAAGACCUUGAGUUACGGCUGCCUUAUAUACUUGGCGACACAAAUAGCAUCGGGGAUGAAGUAUUUGGAGUCCAUGAAGUUUUUACAUAGAGAUUUAGCUACUAGGAAUUGUCUGGUGGGUCCCGGAUACGCAGUGAAAGUCUCUGACUUGGGACUAGGACGGAGUCUCUAUUCCGGAGACUAUUUUGACCUGGACGGGAGAGACACGCUACCCGUUCGAUGGAUGGCUUGGGAGGCCGUGCUGCUGGGCAAGUUCAGCAGCAAAAGCGACGUUUGGUCCUUCGCAGUCACCCUCUGGGAGAUCCUGACUUUCGCGCGGGAGCAGCCCUACGAGGAACUGGGAGACGACAAGGUCAUUGACAACUUGUCCCACUUUUACCAGAAUGAUGGCAAACAGAAAUAUUUGCCCCAGCCGUUCAACUGUCCCAAGGAGAUCUACGAUCUGAUGUGCGAAUGUUGGCAGAGGAAUGAGCCAGAGAGACCAAACUUUCGUGAAAUACAUCUAUUCUUGCAGAGGAAAAACUUGGGCUACAAUCCCGAUAUGGACUGAACCGGCUGUGAAACAGAUCUUAUAAAAUAUCCUUGUUACAGAACAGCAGUGCGUGCAUUAGGGAUCAGACAGUUAAACGAAAAACAUUUUUGUACAAGACGUAAAUAUUUCUAUCAAUUACCGUUCCAAGUAAAGUACGCUUCUGUUUUAAACAGCUGUAUUUAAAUAUGUGGUUCAUCCAUACUUCAUACUAUUGUCCUAUAUUAAAUAUAGAAUGGAAAAAUGUUCUUACCUCAGUUUCUUUGCACAAGUGUAUUAUUAAAAUUUGUAUCGCUGUUAAGAAAAAUAGCCUAUUUUAUUUCAUGUAAUUGUUGAAUCACACGAUACGAAACUAUAAUAUAAACAUAUGGUAAAUAUUUAUGUUUGAAAAGAAAACAGUUUUUAUGCUCCCGGCUUGAUAUAGCUGUAUGUUAUGAGUAAUUAAAACUCUUUGAAAAUCUGCAUAGCUUACAAAAAACCGUUAUCCUUAGAGGUAAAAAAGUUAAAUACCUUCAGGGAAUUGCUAUGUAGAACAUUCAAUUCCAACACUGUGUGUACAGCAUCUUGACAAUCUUACAGUGAAGUUACUUAUAUAUUCGGAGGAAUUAUAAAAUAAAUAUUUCAUUGAAUACUUAAUUAAAACCUAUUUUAGCCGGCUAUUUUAUUAGGAUUUUGGUGAAAUAUAUUACACGUACUUUAUUGGAAUUCAAAAAACCGUAUAGUGUGUGGAUCUUUUAUCGCUUUAAAGUAGUAGAAUUAAAACAAUUUUUUUAUACAUUUAUUUAAAUAGUUCAAACAUGAUUUUUAAUACCCAGUCGAUUUUAAAUUUUCCUCUUUAGUAGCAAUGUGUUAUAUAAAUUCAGUGGAAAACUUUAAAAUCAAUUUCAUUUAUUAUAUUUUAAAAUCUAAAAUUAUACCUGUAGAUUAUAACUUCUAUAGAAUUAUUAGAUAAUAUGUAUCUCAGUAUAGUUAAUAAUUGACACAUAUUCAAAUAUUUGGGGUAAAAUUAACUGUCAUUAGUAUUGAUUAUCACGUAUUUUUAUAGGUAAAUUUAACAAUCUUAGAGAGUUGAAAAACCUUUAAGACCCAAAGGGCUUUUGAAGUACUUAUAAUUCUUUUACACCAUUUUAGUUACGAAACUUACAUUGGCGUAACUUCAUUGAAUUAAACGUGCUUUUUUGUUUUUACGGGACCUCCGGACUUUCAAGUCAUACAAGUUGUACAACUGUUUGGUUAAUUUCUUCAUGAAAGUAGAAUGUAUGUAUCAGGGAUUUUUAAAAUUUUGAAAACUAAUUUACAGUGGUUUUUAUUACUAAUAUCUAAACAAUGUUCAAAAAUAGAGUUAAAUUUGUUUAAUUAUUUUAAUGAAAUCUUGAUUAUAAACCCAUGCUACGUUUAGAAAAAAACUCAACUAACUGAACAGUAUAAAAUGUAUGUUGCUAAGUUGAAAAAGUGAACUGUCAGAAAAGCAAAACAAUCCACUUUGUUAUUUGUUGACCUAAUGACAUUAAAGCUAUCCAGAGCUGUGUGACAACUUUUACUGUUUUUCUUAUUAGUGCAGAAAGAAAAAUUCAGAAAGAAAAAUAUAUACAUGUUCCAAGAUAAAUCAUGCAUGAUUCUGCAGUUAAAACACCACUAUUAUAGUAACACUUAAAAUUUUAAUUUUUAACUUUUUUUAUCGCAUGGUAAUUUCUUUAAAAUUUUGUGUGUUUAGAAAUUAAUGUAGUGAUAAGAAAUAAUGUAGAAUUUGUUUACCAUGAAUUACCUUCUUUAUUGUUUUUGCAUAUGUUAUUAUAUGUUAAUAACAUAAUAUUAAAAAUAAGUCUAAGUGCUUAUAUACACCUUUUCAAACAUUUCUAAGCCAAGCUUAAAAUAAAUAGUUUUUAUGGACGUUUUACAUUACAUAUUCGUUAAAUGUCAAUAAUAACUUGUUAUCUACGUAUUAAAUGGAUAUUAAUACAAAAACAAUUAAUAUCAGUCGCAGAAUAACUAAUAAACUUUAAUAAAACGCUGUUUUAAUUUUAAAAUAUAAUACUGCGAUAUAUGCUAUAGUAUAGUAUAUAGUUUCGUUGGCCUACUUAUAAAAAAUUAAUUGGUUUGGUUAUUUAUUUUUAAGUGAAUAAAAUGAAAUAUUCCUUUCCAGCAACAUUCGUGGCUCAAUAACACGACAAAUCGCAUCCAGGCCUACUUUUUUUCUUAUCCACAUCCAUGCAGAGUAUUCCUCAGAAUUCAAAAUAUUCUGGAAUAUUUAUAGCAUUCUGUGUUAUAUAAAUAACAUAACAGAAAUUAAAAUUGAUAAACAAAACAGACUGAAAUUGGGGAAGCAUGGGAGCCUUUCACUGCAGUUUCUUAUUGCAGUAGCUUUGGUAAAUUAGAGAUCAUUCCAUAGUGUUGUAUCUUGUUAGCAAGCCCUCUUGGCAAGGUACUUAUGAGAACUGGUUGUGCAAUAAAAGUCGACUUCUUUAUACUCGGUGGCUUUAGAUGAACGCCUCCAUAGUACCACAGAAUUUAAAUUCUAAUUGUACUGGAAAAUUGCUUUCAAUUGUUUUCACGAAUCUUCUGAAUAGUUUUCCCAGUCAUAGGUUUUUGCGAGAAGUGUCAAUUUCAUGACAAGUUACGGUAUAGCAUUUGAACCACUCUAAAAAUAACCAAUCCCGUUUUAAAUAUUCUAUGUCUCUCAAGAAUAGUCUUAUUCAAGAACAUAUUUUGUCGCCAGUCAUAUUUCUACCAUUUUGAGAAAAAUACUAUUAAAUGCAAGUGUUUUUUUUUUACAUAAUUAUACACACAUCAAUAAUUUUACAACUUACCUCAUAAGACCAUAUACUUUUUUUCUAACUUAAAUUUUCUAAAGAAAACACUAAAUGUUAAUCAUAAUAUUAAUUUUCUACUGCUUUUCAGUAAAUUAUACAUGAAGAGUAUGAUUCUCCCAAAUAAAUUGCAAUUUAUUAUAUUUUAUAUUUGAUAUAUUACUUUGUUAUUUUAACUUUUAUAUGAAUUUAAAUUUACUAUGCAUUUUUUAAGACUAAAGGUAAGGUGCCGAUAUAAACAAUGGCAAAUUAUUGUGUAAUUAUUUUGUACAGUAUACUCGUGUUCUUUUGCUCUUCAUAGUACAUUUCCGCUCAAACUUAUAUAUGUACCUAUAAUGUGUUACAUAAAUAUAAACAAUAAGUUUAUUUUUGCUAAAACUACGCAUAUUUAAUUUUAAUUGACCUUGCAUACAGUAAUAAUUCUUCAAAUGUUUAAAAUAAAACGUUUACACAUUAAAAUUAUUUAUUGCGUAUUUAAUGUAUAUCCAAAUAUCACUUUAUCUACGAUACGUACCUUAUACAAUAUACAAAAGUACAUGAGUGAAGAAAAUAUGGUAUUUGAUAAAUAAAAAUAUAUCAUUUGGACUAGAGAAGCAGCGUAGUCGACACUUACUGCGCCGUUUAGAAAGUUUAUACGAGUUUAAUUAAAACCAGAACGUUGUAGCGUAGAGAUAUUGUGCCUUCCCUUCCUCAACUGUGCUUAUUCUUGUGAUAUUGUUGUUAUUGCUAUACAAAUACCUCUUCAUUAUUUUUUAUAAAAAAGUGAUUUAGUCAGUCUUGUUAAUAAUUUCUUCAAUAAAACUUUGAUAAUUAAUUACUAUGUGAAACAAGUAAUUACAUUUAUUUAUGACAGUCUACUAUGAAUUCUACAUGCUGUGAGCAAGCCUAUUGUGCUUUUAUCUUUUGUGAAGUGAUUAUGUCAAAUUUAUGUUGUUAAACUUAUGUUGUUUAUUAGAUUAAAGUAAUAGGUGCAAGACAUCUACCAGAAUAUUACUAAAAUAUACAUGAUGGCAGUACAGACAUUAUAAAUUAUAUUUCAUCAGUGAUACCAGAAAUAAUGUAUUCUCAUACAUAAUAUCAUUAACAUUAUUUUAUACUUAUAACUAUAUUCCAAAUUAAAUAUUUGUGUACAGUAACUGUAGAACUGCUUAAUGGUCAUCUAUCAUUCAAGUAGUCCGCUACGCUUUAAGUUGUGAACAUCAUAUAGAGUUUUCAUAAAUGUAUCAUUGUAUUUAUAGACAUUUAUGUGUAUCUGAUCUUUACUCAGUUGUUUCCUCUACCAAGUGUAACUUUGAAUAACGAAACCAAGACAAUACUGAUAGUUUUCGUAACAUGUGUUUCUGUAUAAGUUGAUGUAAAUAUGGUUUGUAUACUUUGGCUCAUAAUUGUAUAAAGUAUAAUCUGUUUCUCGUCGGACCAGCGAUCUGAUUACUUUGUAUUGUUGCAAUGUAUAGAAUCUAUACUAAAAAUAUGUUAGAACAAAAAAUUGUAUUACUAAUCUGUAAUAAUGUAAUAUAUGUAAAAAUGCGUCUUUUUGUAGGCUUGUCUGCGGACACAUACUUUCUGUAGUAAAAAACUUAUAAACA